UUUGUUUUGGAUUCAGCUUUUAUAUCAACUACUUCUAUAUCUGCCAACAUCAAUAAUGUCCCUAUGUUAAAUGAGACUAAUUUUAAGGACUGGAAAGAGAAUAUGAUGAUUCUCUUAGGCUGCAUGGAUAUAGACUUGGCCUUGAGAAUGCCCAAACCCGAUGAACUCAAUGAGCAAAGUACUCAAGAGGAUGAGGUUUAUUGGGGUAAGUGGGAACGUUCAAAUAGGCUAAGUCUUAUGAUCAUGAAGCGCGGCAUUCCAGAAGCUUUCAGGGGUGCGGUAACCGAUGAGGUUACUAAUGCCAGUGACUUCCUUGCGGAAAUUCAGAAACGUUUUGCCAAAAACGAUAAGGCUGAAACGAGCACGCUUUUAGCAAGCUUGAUUUCAAUGAAGUAUAAAGGCAAGGGUAAUGUUCGGGAGUACAUCAUGGAGAUGUCUCAUCUUGCUUCAAAACUUAAGGCUUUGAAACUCGAGUUAUCUGAUAAUUUACUCGUGCAUUUGGUUCUCAUCUCUCUUCCUGCACAAUUUAAUCAAUUCAAGGUCAGUUAUAACUGUCAAAAGGAUAAAUGGACUCUUAAUGAGCUCAUUUCAUUCUGUGUGCAAGAGGAAGAGAGAUUGAAGCAAGACAAGACCGAAAGUGCUCAUCUGGCUAGCACUUCGAAGGAUAAGGGCAAACGAAAGAAUAAGGAUAAUAAGGUUGCUGCUUCUAAUGGUCCAGAACAAAAGAAACAGAAAGUUGAGGUAACAUGUUUCUUCUGUAAUAAGCCUGGACAUACUAAGAAGGAAUGUACCAAGUAUGCUGCUUGGCGUGUUAAGAAAGGGUUGCCUGAGUUACCGAAAACCAAGUGAUGCUGAAAGAUGCAUCUAUGUCGGAGACAGUCAGUCGGUAGAAGUAGAGGCAAUAGGGCACUUUAGAUUAUUAUUGAAAUCUGGUUAUUUUUUGGAUUUAAUAGAUACUUUUAUUGUACCGUCUUUCAGACGGAAUUUAAUUUCAGUUUCUGUUUUGGACAAAUCAGGUUAUUGUUGUUCAUUUGGAAACAAUAAAUUUACAUUAUCUAUUAAUUCAAAUGCUGUAGGAACCGGUUUACUUAAUGUU